AUGGGAUCUGCACCGAAAAGACCGCCCAAGCCGUGGAUCGAGACGCCAUGCAUCUUCUCGGCGCCCCUGUCGAGGGCAGCAGGAUGCAACAUUUAUCUCAAGCUCGAGAAUCUCCAGCCCUCAGGCUCCUUCAAGUCCCGCGGUAUAGGCAACCUCAUGUUCCGAGCCGUCAAGUCCACCACAUCCUCCUCCUCUUCCUCCUUACAGGAUGAUGAUGAUGAUGACGACAACGCAAUCCACUUCUACUCCUCCUCGGGCGGCAACGCAGGCCUGGCGUGCAUCACAGCCGCCAACACGCUCGGCCGCCCGGCCACCGUCGUCGUGCCUCUGACCACGCUCCCGCACAUGAUCACCAAGCUGCGCGACCUGGGCGCCGACGUCGUGCAGACGGGGGCGACCUGGGCCGCGGCCGACAGGCACCUGCGCGAGGUCGUCAUCCCCGCGUUCGAGAGAGACCACCCUGGGGCGAGGGCGGUGUAUGUUCCGCCGUUUGACCACCAGGAUAUCUGGGACGGGGUGGAGACCAUGGUGGACGAGCUGCGGGUACAGAUAAUAGGCGAGGGGGAGGAGGGCUUGGGCAGGACGACGAUCGAUGGCAUCGUCUGCAAUGUCGGCGGAGGCGGGCUGCUGUGCGGGACGAUGCAGGGCGUGCGGAAGCUGGCCGAAUUGGGGCAGGGCACGCCCAAGGUGCUUGCUGUCGAGACGCACGGCGGGGACAGCCUCCACGCGAGCGUCAAGGCGGGCCAGCUGGUGACGCUUCCGGGGAUCACGACGAUUGCCACGUCGCUGGGAGCCACGAGGGUUGCAGAAGAGGCAUUUGCUUGGACGAAGCGGGCGGGAGAUGAUCUCAUUAGUGCGGUGGUGACGGACAAGGCGUCUGUGGAGGCCAUGGCGAGAUUUCUUGAUGAUGCGCGCAUCUUGGUGGAGAGUGCAUGUGGUGCGACCAUCGCGACUGUGUAUAAUGGAGAUCUGAGGAGAUAUCUCGGCAAGGAACUGUUGGAUGAUGAGUGGGCUGCGAAGAAUGUGGUUGUGAUUGUCUGUGGUGGCUCCAACAUCAGUCUGGAGAUGCUUGAGAAGUACAAGGCGCAGUUUGGUGUCGAAGCAUGA